GCAGCUCCCGCUGGUUCCCCCGCUCGGCGCCGGAAUGCGGAUGUUCCGCUCCGGGGAGGGUGGAUGUGGGGGGAGCUGGCAGCGGGGCGGGCAGAGCCGGUGCUGUUACCCCUGUGGUCUGCGAUGGAUGCAUUCGAGCCCUGCUGCUCACCUGGAGGGCAGCCUGCUUCUGCGAAGUGGUACGACCGAAGGGACUACGUCUUUAUCGAGUUUUGUGUCGAAGACAGUAAAGAUGUUAAUGUAAAUUUUGAGAAAUCCAAACUUACGUUCAGUUGUCUUGGAGGAAGUGAUAACUUUAAACAUUUAAACGAAAUCGACCUUUUUAAUAAUAUCGAUCCAAAUGAAUCAAAGCAUAAAAGAACAGACAGAUCUAUCUUGUGUUGUUUACGAAAAGGAGAAUCUGGUCAGGCAUGGCCAAGGCUAACAAAAGAGAGGGCAAAGCUCAACUGGCUCAGCGUGGAUUUCAACAACUGGAAAGACUGGGAAGAUGAUUCAGAUGAAGACAUGUCCAACUUUGAUCGCUUUUCUGAGAUGAUGAACAACAUGGGUGGAGAUGACGAUGUAGACUUACCAGAAGUAGAUGGGGCAGAUGAUGACUCACCAGACAGUGAUGAUGAGAAAAUGCCAGAUCUGGAGUAAGGAAAACUAUCGUCUUCAGGGUUUGGGGAAAGAACUUCAUCACAUUUCAUAAUUGAGAUAAGAAUUCCUGAGUUGAUAGCCCUAAGGGGAGAUAUUGCAUCCUUUAACCCAUUUUUUCAGCCCAUUUUAAAUGGCUUCACUGAUGGUAGGUGUGUACCAUUGUGCAGGGCAGUCUUAAGCCACGAGAGGCAAUAACGUUAUGCAUGAACCGUUUUCCAGACUUCCAAAAAACCAAUUGAGGUGUAGGCAAUCGAUCCAGAACAGUCGCAAUAAAGUUUACAGAGCCUCCUUGCCUCGUAGCAGACGUAAUUACAAUAGCAGAGCAGACGUUACGUCCAGUGCUCAAUUGGCUUUUUCCCCCCCCCUGUGGCCCACGGUUAAAUCUGAUGUGAAGUUUGUGCCCGGAACAAAACCUUUUCUUGCAUUGGCUCACCAAAUUGAACAAGUGCUGCGCAAUACCUCUGUGGUGUCUUCAGGUGUGUUCCACUAAUGUUUUUAUUAAAAAGGAAACGAAAUCCUCUCUGUUUGGUAUUUCAUCGCUAGUUGCGUGUCCAGCUGUGUCCCGGUGCCCGCGCUGUGAGGGGUGAGGCCCAUUCCAUCCCCCCCCACCCCACCCCACGGCUCCGUGGGGCCGCGUCGUUGCUUGUGGAUCUGUACGUGAGACCAAAUGUAUUUGCACUGUUGGUAUGGAAGCAAGUGACAACAUGUUCUACCCGAUGGGGCUCUUCUGUUAGUUACCUGACAAGGCUGACAAACCUCAAUUUCUGUUCAGAGCGGUGGGAAUUUUUUUAAUGUCUACAUUCUUUCUAAUAAACUGUUGAAGACUCCA